UGCUGGGGUGGUGGUAGGAGGGGGAUUUCCUAACCUCCCUGACCAGCUUCGCUGUAACCCGCAGGGCUGGUUUCGCUUCCUGAAUGGAAAUUCCGGACGGGCAGAGGGCAAUUUACGUGAGCUCGUGGUGGGGCUGUCCGCACUUGAGUGGGCUGGGCGUCUUAUAAAGGAGCAUUCGCGUUGUUGCUCAAGCCGAGUCAAAGAGUUCGGCGAAAACCGAGGGAGUUAGAGAGUUAGAGAGACACACACACGGAGAUCGCUCUCGGGUUUAGAAGAGCGUACCCUUGCUCACUCGGAGUGCCCCCAUGCUGUUUGUUGUCGUGAGGUUUAUUUCCCCCUCCCGUAGCGAAUCGGCCGAAGCGUCUGCGAGUCUUUUUGAAACGAUAAUUCGCACGGGCUCAUUCCGGACCCAGAACCCAGUGCUGCUGUGCGAACAACAACAACAGCAGCACAGCAACAGCAACACAACAACAGCAGCACAGCACAGCAGAACAACCGAGCCGGCCCCUUUAGAGCGCUUCGCGUCUGUCCCGGUGACUUUCGCUCCGCCUGUGGCGUUGCUGCAUCGAGCCCCCGGCCGGCCGCUGGGACCGUGAACCCGCACGGCGAACAACAACCACGUGGCUACAGAGGGGACACUCGGAGGAGGAGGAGGAGGAAGAAACGAUGUCGAGUCGCGACAGCUUCCUGAGCGAGAGGGGCUUCACGGUUGAUGUCCCCGCCGGCGACCUGGGAUGCCCAGAAUCCCGUGGCAAGGGCACCUCGGGCAAGAGUAACGCUCUCUGCAGGGGUCUCAUCACGACCCUAGCCGUGCUGCUGGUGAUGGGGACCACGGCUGCCAUCGUGUUCGCGCUCUACCAGGCCCGCCAGGACCUCACCAAUCUCAAGCAGAUGCUGCCGGAGGUCAUCCGCGGCGCGAUGAUCACCGAGCUGCAAGGUUUCCAGGUGGGACCGUACGAAAGACGGAUGACUGAGAACGACUCGCAGUUGGACAAGCCUUCGGCACACCUCACAGUGCGCGCCUCUUCGGGGGCGCCCUCGCCCGCGGGGGCCGGCGACGUGAGCUGGGAGUCCGUCGCCUUGUCCGGGGUCUCCUUCCUGCGGAACGGCCUCAUCCUGUACAACGGCAACGUGCGCAUCAACAAGGAGGGACACUACUUCAUUUACUCGCAGGUCUACUUCCAGAGCGGCGACUGCGGCGAGGGCUCCGGCGGGGACCACGUGCUGGUGCACACGGUGAACCGCAAGGCGCUCAGCUACGACGUGCCGUUCACGCUCAUGGAGGCCGUCAAGUCACGCUGCGGCGGAGGCGGCGGCGGCGGCGUCGGCGUCGGCGUCGGCGUCGGCGUCGGCGGGCAGCACCCCGCGACGCGUCGGCCCCCACACCACCCGCACCGCCAAUCGCCGGGGCGGCCGUGGUUCGGCUCCAGCUACCAGGGCGGCGUGUUCAAGCUGGAGGCGGGCGACCAGCUGUACGUGUCCGUGUCCGACCUCAGCCUGGUGAGCGACGGGGCCGACAAGACAUACUUUGGGCUCUUCAUGCUCUGAGGGGUUUUGGCCGACGGUUCCCAGUCGACGCCCGCCCCCCGGACCGGACCGGACACCCACGGCGGUGUGGUGGAGUGGGGGGGGGGGGGGGGGGCCGGCGGGACUUGUGUGACUCAGCAGCCAGCCAGGGGCUUGGCUCCGCCGUGCCUCGUGGUGGGAAUUCCCACGUCCCACAUCGGUGGUGGUUGUGGGACGUGGUGGACGGGGGGUGAUGGCGGUGAAGGUCGGAGCGGGGGAGCGGAAUGCCGAUGGGUUUAUUAUUAUUAUUAUAAUUAUUCAGGAAGGUGCCCAGACGGAGGCCGUCGUGUCUGGUCACGAGGUGCUGCUGCUGCUGUUGCGGCUGCUGAGGCUGCUGCUGCGGCUGCUGAGGCUGCUGCUGCU